GUGACCCAUUAUCAUUUAUUGAAAUACUCGUAUUGCUUUGCGGCAAAAGAAGAAAAAGUUAGUUUCUUGGCAUCUACUCUAGGGGGGCUUUGGACAUAUAAAUACACACAUUCUUUGCUGCACACUUCCAAGCCUAAUCUUCACAUUCAAGCCAAGUCUUGAUCCUUUUUCUUCAACGAUAUUCAUUUAUUCUUUAACCCCUUCUUCAAAGUGACUACUCUUCUUCUUCUUCAGAAAUACUAGCAGUAGUCUAUUCCAAGUCCUCCCCAGUCAUGGCAGAUCAAACACCUCAGCAUUUGGGACCCAACCAAACAGGGUGUGGUUUCGUGGGAUCUAUAUUUCAGCGCAAGGCCUUCGUCAGGCCACGAUCAGCGUCAACACCGCCACUGCCUGCUAUAAAAGAUGCUACCGCUGCCAGGCAUUCCACCAGCUCCAUCAAGCACUCCAGAGACCACAGUAUUAAAAUCAAACGAAGACGAGCUAGCUCCGGGGAUUCCACUUAUUUAGAUUCCACUAUAAUAGCAGCAGCUGCAAAGCCCCCGCCUCCUCCAAAACAUACUAAAACCCCCUCACAAAAGCCUCCUCCUGCUGUUUCUGUUAGUCCCAGGCAUUCAAGAAACAAGACUUCAGAUUCAAGCCGCGAUCAACUCCCAUACACUAAAUGGCUCAAAAAAGAACCUACUUUCACGGAGAGUGAGCUGAGCAUGAGAAUUGCUGUCCGCCAGAAAUCCACACCAACUGGAGGAAUCUUGUAUCGUGCUUCUUCAAACAAUGGAAUGCUUCCCAGCCACUUGGGCAACUUGAAGCAGCAAGGGGGAGGAGCUAAGGCCUCCUCAGGGAAGACAUCUGCCAACAGCCAUGUAACAAGUUUGAGUAAAGGAGGCCGUUCGAUUCACACUCCCAUGCUUAUGGGCAACAUCGUGAAGAAGCCCAGUGGGAAGACUAAAGCUCAACACAGAUUCGAUUCCGAGACGUUGAAGUUGAUGGGAAAUGAGAAUUAUAAAGAGGGGAGAUAUGAGGAGGCUAUUGCUUUAUACCAAGAGGCCAUUGCUCAAGAUCCAAGUAAAGCAUCGUAUUAUAGCAACAAAAGUGCUGCUUUGAUAGGUUUAGGCCGUCUUAUUGAGGCUGUGUUUGACUGUAGAGUGGCUAUACGGAUUUAUCCAAUGUAUCAAAGAGCUCAUCAACGAUUAGCAAAACUCUACCUCAGAUUAGGGGACGCGGACAAGGCACUGAGUCAUUACAAACAAUUAGGAGCCAAGGCUGAUGCAAUAGAAGUUUCACUAGCCGAAGCCCUUAAGAUGCAUCUGACCAAGACCAAAGAAGCCAGAACAGUAAGAGACUGGGAAUCAGUAGAAGAGGAGAGCCAUUUGGCAAUCUCAUCUGGUGCAGAUUCUUCUCCUCAGAUAUAUGCUUUAAAAGCAGAGGCCUUGCUGAAUCUCGGUAAACACCAAGAAGCCUAUACCAUAAUUCAAAAAGGGCCAAACUACGACACAAAUUUAUGCAUCCAGUUUUUGGGGGCUGCUGGUUGUUCUGAUCUGUUAACAACCAAAGCACAAGUUUACAUGGCAGCUGGCAGAUUUGAGGAGGCAGUGGCUGCUGCUCAAUGUGCAGCAAAACUUGAUCCAACCGAGGAGGCAAAAGCUACAGCAGAGAGGGCUCUGGCCUUGGCAUCAGCUCGAUCAGAAGGCAACCAGCUGUUUAAAGCAUCAAAAUUCACAGAUGCCUUGAAAGUGUACAGUGAAGGACUACAACAUCAGGCACUUAAUUCUGUAUUAUUAUGCAAUCGUGCAGCUUGUCUAUCUAAGUUGGGCGAAUACGAGAAAGCAGUGGAGGAUUGUACAGCAGCCCUUGCUUUAAGGCCUUCAUAUGCUAAGGCCAGAUUAAGAAGAGCAGAUUGUUUCUCAAAGCUCGAAAGAUGGGAGGCAUCAAUUCAAGAUUAUGAGAUUAUGCUCAAAGAGAAUCCAAAAGACAGAGAUGUAGAGAAAGCUCUGUAUGUAGCUCAAGUCCAUGCUCAGAAGCAGCUAAGUGAAGACAUAAGGAACAUGAAAAAUAAUGCUUCUUCAAACCUUGUUAUGAUUUCCAGCAAAGAACAUUUCAGACGCUUUGUAAUUGCGCCGGGCAUGUCUGUAGUGCUCUUCUGCAACAAAUCAUCUCACGUAAAACUGUUUCAGCUAAUGGAGCAGGUUUGCUUAAGAUUUCCAUCCAUCAACUUUCUCAAGGUGGAGAUAGAAGAUAACCCAUACAUUAUGCAAUUAGAAGAUGUUAACUCGGUCCCAGCCUUCAAGAUAUACAAGAAUGGAUCAACAAUAAAGGAAAUAUCUGGUGAAAAUUUUGAGUCAUUAGAAAGUUCAGUCAAGAUGAUCAGUUGUACACCAUAUAAUUAACCAAGGAGCGGAUUAGACCUUCAGGACGAAGAAGAACAAUAAUGGUUUAUAGUCUCCAAAUUUUCGUUUUCAGUGAUUGAAGGAGAGCUGAUAAAGUGUGGUGCCAUUUGUUCAUAACUUGUAAUUUCACCUGCCAGCACUAAGAAAUUAGAAGAGGCUUCAUAUGUAUUGAUUAAAGAUCAACUGUACAGAAGUUUUGAUGGUUUGUAAUGUCUCCUAAUUUGUCAUAGCAAAAUACACAUAUUUAAUAUGUUUAUUAUUCCA